UAGGUCUUGACACAGUGGUCCCACUGGAGACAACGGCUGCAUACAACAUGCUUGACGUGAUCCAAGGAAUCGUCGAUGAGAGCGAGUUCUUUGAGAUCCAGCCAAACUACGCGAAGAACAUCAUCAUUGGCUUUGCCCGCAUGAACGGCCAUACGGUCGGCAUUGUCGGCAACCAACCCAAAGUUGCUGCAGGCUGCCUCGACAUCAACAGCUCUGUGAAGGGUGCACGAUUUGUUCGUUUCUGUGAUGCAUUCAACAUCCCCAUCAUCACCUUUGUGGACGUCCCUGGAUUUCUGCCCGGGACGGCUCAGGAGUACGGUGGGAUCAUCCGACACGGCGCGAAGCUGCUCUUUGCGUAUGCCGAGGCCACCGUUCCAAAGAUCACCGUCAUCACACGAAAGGUAUGUGUAUGUUCUGGU